AUGGGUGUUGGCACAUUGGAACUGGGGAUUAUCUUCCUCACUCAGACUGCAGAUGGGAUCCUAGGAAAUUCAUCCCUCCUUGGUCUUUAUACCUUCUCUUUGCUCACUGGACACAAAUUGAGACCCACAGACCUGAUUUUCAACCAACUGGUCCUAGCCAACUCCAUCAUCCUUUUCUCCAAAGGGAUCCCUCAAACAAUGGUGGCUUUUGGAUCCCAAAAUUUCCUGGAUGCUGCUGCAUAUAAACUUGUCUUUUAUUAUCACAGAGUGAGCACAGGGGUUUCCUCCAGCACUAUAUGUCUCCUCAAUGACUUCCAAGCUAUUAAGCUGAACCCUAGUAUGUGUAGGUGGAUGGAGCUCAAGAUUAGAUCCCCAAAGUUCCUUGGCUUCUGCUGUUUCCUCUGCUGGACCCUACAUCUCUGGAUAAAUUCAUUUAUUCCUCUAAUAGUAAACGGUCCAUCCAAUAACAAAAACCUUAGUGUGACGAGAAAUGGAUAAAGUUCCUGGAAUGAGGUAGGGAGAUUUAACGUAUUAUUUGCAGUCAUAUAUUUUUAUAUGGGUUUGAGCUUCAUGGUCUGGGUCAGUGGCUCCAUGGUCUUUGUCCUGCUCAAGCACAAGCAGCAAGUCCAACACAUUCACAGCAACAGCCUUUCCCCCAGAUCUUGCCACGAGGCUAGAGCCACACACACCAUCUUGGUCCUGGUGAGUUUCUUGGUUACCUUUUAUUCGAUCUAUGCUAUUUUAACUGUUUGGAUGACUCUGGUUGCAAAUCCAGGCCAGUGGAUGGUGAACAGCACUGGGUUUGUCUCCUCGUGUUUUCCAGCGUUCAGCCCCUUUGUGCUCAUGGUCAGUGACACUCGAGUCUCUCAAUUCUGCUUUGUCUAUAGGGCAAGGUGA